AUGCCGGCGAUGGAUCCCACAGCAAUUGUCGAGUCGGAUAGUACCUCGGAAAUCGAUGAACAGACCAAAACCUGGGAAUCCUCACUUUCCGCCCACGAGGAUCUCAAUGACCCCAAGUCGCCGAUAGAGUGCGGUAUCGGUCACCGCGUCCAGGCCAGCAGAUCGGUCUUGGCCUUGGUUAUAGAUAAUGAAUGUGUCUUCGCAGGUCUCCAAGGCGGAGACAUCGUCGCUUGGUCUCUCGAGACAUAUGAUCUAGUCCUCUCGGUGCACGCGCAUCAAGAAAGUGUUCUUGAUCUUUACCUGUCUGAAGACGGCGAUCUACUCUUCUCGAGUGGUGGAGACUCCGUCAUUAAUGUUUGGUCGACCAGAACAUUCGAUCGACUAUACUCUAUUCAUACACACCAUGAUGUGGGUGAUAUCUUCGCGGUAGCCUACUCGUCGACUUUGAACACCAUCUAUUGCGGUGGACAAAACACAAGUAUUCAGUGGUGUGAUAUAUCCCAGGCCGACGCUGCUACGACGCAGUUGUCGACCGCCCAACUUUCGAAGCGUACACAUCGUUUCUUUGAUUCUCGCGGUCCCGACGGCUCUCGCGCUCCGAGACCUGAGGCAGGAUCUGAUGGAGUCCGCCCGGUCACCGAGGGUGGUCAAGUCCUGACCUUCAAGCGCGACCAUCAUAGGUUAUUCUCGCAUCACGGCUAUGUAUAUACGAUGCUCCUAGUUCGAGGAUUGAUGGAGUCGGCACCGAGCGAAGAGGUGCUUUUGACCGGUGCUGGUGAUGGCGUUGUCAAGUUAUGGCGCUUGGAACAAAACAAAUCCAAUGCCGUUCCUACUCAAAUGGCCAAGCUUCAGAAUGGGGACCCGGUUCUUUCGAUCGCUGUGGAUGGAUCUUUCCUUUAUUGUGGUCUAGCCGGAGGUGCCUUGAACAUCUGGAACCUCGACUCUCAUCAGUUGGUGAAGCGCAUCACUCGGCAUACGGGCGACUUAUGGGCUGUCGAUAUCAUUCACGGUGUAGCAGUUUGUGGCGAUUCCAACGGAAUUGUGAAGAAAUUCAAUUCUCGUUUUGAAGAGGUUGGCAGCUGGGCGGCUCAUGAGGGUACGAUGCUGGCAUCUGCUGCUGGUCAAUACAAGGACCGACUUAUCUACGCCACCGGAGGCAACGAUAACACGGUUGGUAUUUGGGAUGUGACGGAGGUGUCGUUGAGCCAGGGCGAACUGCCUCGAAUCAAUAACGACGAAAUGGUGAACUGCCUGGCGAAAUUUGUUGGUUUCAAGACCGUUUCGGCUAGUCCAAAGUUUUCCGGUGAAUGCAACCAAGGUGCAGCAUUUCUACGACGACACUGCAUCUACUUAGGGGCCAAGACAAAGCUCCUAACCACUGGAGAGGACACAAACCCCAUCGUGCAUGCGCGGUUCAAUGCGACAUCUCCGAAUAAGGUUGACAAAACCAUCUUGUUCUACGGACAUUACGACGUGGUCGGAGCCGACGCCAAUCGGGCCAAAUGGAAGACUGAUCCGUUCCAGUUGACUUCUAUGGACGGGUUUCUGUAUGGUCGAGGUGUCUCGGAUAAUAAGGGUCCCAUUCUGGCAGCCCUUUAUGCAGCCGCCGAACUUGCUCGACAGAAGGCACUUCCCUGCGAUGUUGUGUUCAUUAUCGAAGGCGAGGAAGAGUCCGGUUCCCAGGGAUUUCACGAGACAGUCCGGGCACACAAAUCUCAAAUCGGUCCGGUGGACUAUAUCCUGUUGGCGAACAGUUACUGGCUAGACGAUUUCAACCCUUGCUUGACGUAUGGCCUGCGUGGCGUCGUCCAUGCCAACUUGAUUGUUUCCAGUGAUCAUCCAGACCUUCACAGUGGUAUCGAUGGAAGUGCACUGUUGGACGAGCCCUUGAAGGACCUCACGCUACUUCUAGGCACCCUAGUGGGGCCCAGGGGGCGCAUCAAUAUCCCCGGCGUUCAAGACCCGGUCCUGCCUCUCACGGAGGCAGAAAAGCAGCGCUACGCCGAUAUUGCACAAAUUCUUCUCCAGCGGCAUCCUGAGAUCGCGGACCGCGAGGCCCUGAUAAAUUCCCUCAUGCAUCGUUGGCGCGAGCCGUCACUCACGAUUCAUUCCGUCGAAGUCCCGGGUAACAAUAAAAGCACGACGACCACCAUCUCUCGAAAGGCGAAAGCCAGUCUAUCGGUGCGACUGGUGCCAAAUCAAGAAGCGGACGACAUAGCCGCUAGAUUGACCAUGUAUGCCCAAGAACAGUAUGACCUUUUAGGUUCGCAGAACGAUCUGACCGUCGAGAUCACGGGCAAAUCCGAUCCCUGGCUCGGCGACCCGGAUAACGAAAUGUUUGAGACUCUGGACGAGGCCAUCACGGCCGCAUGGACACCGGACCAGCAGAACCAAAAGCACCAAUACCCCCCUAUCCAGCGGAGCCCACAAGAACGAGCGGCCCCAUCCAAGGAGCCGGCGGGACCUGCGAUCAAACGGAAGGACUCGUCCGACAGCCUGGCCUCCCACAUCGACCGCAUCAUCAUGUCGACCACUACAUCCUCCGCUGGGAAAAGGUCAUCUCGGAAACGGUCAUCCCUCAGUAGGACCGUUCCGACCUCGUCGACGCUAACACACAAAUCGGGCGCCGUCUCCUCGAGCGACGCGACGCGCGAGUCCUCCCCAGUGUCUCAUAAUGAGACGCCUGUCACACCUGCCACCGGGCCCAUCUCCGGGCCGUCAGGCGUGCGACCCAUCUAUAUCCGAGAGGGAGGAUCCAUCCCUACAAUUCGGUUCCUCGAGAAGGAAUUCUCCGCCCCGGCAGCUAAUCUGCCGUGCGGACAAGCCAGUGACAACGCGCACUUGUACAAUGAACGUUUACGCGUGGAGAAUCUAUAUAAGAGCCGAGAAAUCUUCAGCUACCUCUUUUCCAAACUUCCGGGUAAGGUUCGAGGUGCGUGA